AAAGGAACUUAUCUUGGAAGUAUUUUGGUUUAUAAUGACAAGUUGAAAGUUGUCAGAUUUACGAUGCUCUGUGAAAAGGUUACAGGAUUCUUUUGUGAAAAGAUUAAACUGCCUCCAGGAUCGUAUGAGUUUGUUGCCGAUGGCAGAGAAGUAAGAUCACAAUAUGGAGUAACAAAUAAAUUUGAAAUCGAUGCAGAGUCAAAUGUUAAAAUAUGUGAACAAGCGACAUUUUUCUGUAUUGUCAGUGAAACGGAAAACACUAUUGUAGCCUUAUGUUUGGUAGUGUCAAGUAUAUUUUUACUUCUCAUUUUGAUUACAUUUACAAUGGUUCCUGAUAUAGCGUCAACUCUACCCGGCUUCAAUACGAUUAACUUAGUGCUAACCAUUUUGAUCCUUCAGUUAUUGUUCUUGACUGGCUCACAGUGGAGUGAUUGUUGGUUGGCAGCAAUUGUAAUUCACUAUUUUAUAUUGCUAAACUUUUCUUGGUCAAGUAUAAUUGGCUUUCACAUAUUUCGAACAUUUGUAUCCUUUGGAUCAAUGCAGUACCCUAAGAACUCUCCCUUCAGUAACCGUUUCUAUUCAUUUGUUAUGGCGCAUCUAAUGGUCUUGAUAAUCAUGGGCGCUGCUUUGGUCAACGAGCUUUUAUCCAAUGACUUUGCUCCCCACUUCGGUGCUUAUCAAGGUGUUUGUUGGAUUCGUAAUUCUAUCGGAGUUCUAUUCUAUUUCGCCAUUCCCGUUUCCCUGAGUAAUUUACUAAAUGCAAUAUUUUAUCUAGCAAGCUUCAUCAAAAUCAAACAAUCUUUGGAAGAAAGUUUUGCAGUUUCAACUUGGACUGGAAAAUCAAUACGAUCCAUGCCCGUUCAGUUGACUGUAUUUUCUCGAAUCGCGACAGUUCUCAGUAUAUCUUGGAUAACUGUCCUUUUAAUACCUAUCACUCCACCGAAAUCUUUGCCUCAUCAAUUAGCUAAAUAUCUAUUUGUAUUCAUCAACACAAAUCAAGGUUUACUUUUAUUCAUAGCAUUCUUAUGGAAUAAAAGAGUUGGAAUGAUUUGGCUGAAAUGGUUUAAGAGAUUGUUCAGAAUGGAUUCAUAUGAAUCUCGCAAUUCAAUUUCCAUUAUUGAAAGAAAUACUUCUCAAGUAAACGGAAGUUUUUAAAAAUUAUAUCAA